AUGAUGAUUGUUACCGCGCUGAUUGCAUGGUCAGCUGCGAGCGUGGCCUCCGCGAUGCGUGAGGAUGCCAUGCCCAGCACCUACGACUAUACUACAUCAGGUAUUACAGCCACUGUAGCCUCAAGGCUUGAAAAGCUUAAAUUGAUUAAUAAUAUCAAGAAAUUGUUUACUGAUUUAACCGCCAGCGCUGACAUUUUCAAAGGACUACACAUUACCAAUUGGAUGAAAUAUGUACGCGAUUUGUACGUGGAUUCACCGGAAGUGGCAACUAAGGCGAUGUUAAAGUUAUUGACACGUCAUUUUACGAACGAUCAUGCUCUUGCCAGUGCUUUGGUUCCGGGAAUGAACGGCAACAAAGAUGAGGAAGCAGUAUUUAAGCUUUUGAAGCUCGACGAAACAAAUGACAACGUUUUUAACAGUCCGGUCUUUUCCCAGUGGGUCGAUUUUGUCGAGAAACGAUCCAAUUCUCAGGAAGAGGCAUACGAUAUGAUGCUUGACCGACUGUCAUCAGAUUUUAAGAGUAAGAAUGCUCUUUACAAGAAGUGGGUAGAAGAAACGAAAAAUGCGGAUGACGUUUUCAGCAUUUUAGAGCUCAGCCCGACGGAACAAGACCUAUUCAAAAACCCGGCCUUUUCUGGGUGGGUCGGUUUCGUCAAAUCAACAUCCUCGAAUGAUCUGAAAGCAAUUGAGACGAUGCUUUCCACCCUAAAACUUGAUGGUAAGAAGGGAACAAAGAAAGAGAUCAAGAAAUUGGAAUCCGUCACUCAACGACUGAAAAAAGCCUUGAUAAAAAAAUCGCCGGAACCUCCAAAACGGCAGAACAAUUUUGACUUAAACGAGCCGCCGGCGAAAAGGCAGAAAGAGUUCGAUUCGACCUGA